GGCGUAGGGAUCUCGUGUAUAUAAGAGUCCCGGCCGGGAGGCGGGUUCUCUCUCUGGCCCUCGCUUUCAAGAUGACGAAGAAGAGGAGGAACAAUGGCCGGGCCAAAAAGGGCCGCGGCCACGUGCAGCCUAUCCGCUGCACCAACUGCGCCCGGUGCGUGCCCAAGGACAAGGCCAUUAAGAAGUUUGUCAUCCGGAACAUAGUGGAGGCCGCCGCCGUCAGGGACAUUUCCGAAGCGAGUGUCUUCGACGCUUAUGUGCUUCCCAAGCUCUAUGUAAAGCUCCAUUACUGCGUGAGUUGUGCCAUUCACAGCAAAGUCGUCAGGAAUCGAUCUCGUGAAGCCCGGAAAGACCGAACACCCCCACCCCGAUUUAGACCUGCUGGUGCUGCUCCACGACCUCCACCAAAACCAAUGUAAGGAGCUGGAUAGUUCCAGACUUCAGAAAAGCUGUCUUCUAGGGAAAACAAAAACAAAUAAAAUGGAAAUUAUACUUUA